UAAAGAUCAAUAUCAAUACAAAAUAAAAUGUUAUAGACUAGUUGAUUUAUACAUAAAAGUUGUAACAUAUAGAAUCGUAUUAAUUAGACUAGUUAAAAAGUUCUACCCACAUAAUAGGAUAACAAGAUUUUCAUUAAAAUGGCUCACGUUAUGGUUUUGGAUUCUGUGGACGAAGAUAUUUUUGUAUGUGGAACAUGUAAAGCCGUGUUUAACUCUUUGCAAGUGUUUCUGGAUCAUAAGAGACUAAAAUGUAACAGUGUCGAUUUAGCUGGACGGUUUAAUAGUGCUAAUUUGGUGCAGACAACAGUAGUUGGCGAUGCCUUUUCUGGGAGCACAGCACAAGGUAGUGUACAAUCAGAGCCUGUUACUGAACAGAUAUGGCCCAAAGAUUUAACCUGCUCCACAUGCAAGAAAAGAUUUAAGAAGAUGAAAACCUUGCUUGCACAUUUGAAAACUCAUAGUGACAAACCCUACCAAUGCCCUGUAUGUGGUCGCUGUUUUAUGCAAAAUUCUCACUUACAGAGGCAUAUCAUGUCACACAGGAUGUGGCCCGAUGGUCUUAAGGAAACAACUGCAAAGACCCAGGAAGAAGAACUUUUAAGCUAUACAUGUCCCUACUGUAAUGUGAUAUUGCUAAAUUAUAGUCAAUACAGAGUCCAUCUGAAGAAUCAUUCCUCUUUAAAAAAGUUUAAAUGUAUCCAAGGAGAUUGCAUGGAGUAUUUUGAAACAGUUGAUCAGUUGCUUCAUCAUGUGUCUGUUGUCCAUGAGUAUCCACUUUAUACUUGUCACCUUUGCAGUUCACCUUUCAACUCGUUAGAAGACAUUGCCACACACCUGCAGAGUCAUAAUGAUGUGGAUAAAAACAAACAGACUUCUAAUAAACUAUAUAAAUGUUCACAAUGUGAUGCCAGAUUCCGUAAACCUGAAAAAUUGACUCUCCACAUGAUGACAGAGAAUCAUAACAAGAUGUGUAUCCAUUGUAAUAAGACGUUUGCUAGUGAUAAGAGAUUGCGCCUGCAUUUACAAAUACACAGGAAAUUGAAACCAUUUCAAUGCAAUAUUUGUAACAGCAGCUUUCACAUGAAGAAAUAUUUGUCUACUCAUAUGCUAAAACAUGGCAACAGACAGUUCAAAUGUACUGUUUGUAAAUACACCUUUAAAAGGCAAGAUUUGCUUCAAAGGCAUAUGAAGUUACACCAGGCUAAGAAAAUGUUGAAGUGCCCUUUCAAAGAAGCUUUGGAUUGUCAGAAGGAGUUUAAUCGGAGUGACAAAUUGAAAUCCCAUUUAAAGUCUCAUACCAAACAUAUGGCUCUACAAAUGAGUAAAAAGAACAAACUUUCACAGCCAAUGAAUACCUCAGAUAUUGGGAGAGAUUCACUUAAAAGUUGAUUGCUCAAAGAAUGGCACAGGUUUUGGAUUGUCCAGAAACUGAUUAUGAUUAAGUUUAGACUUAAAGUCAUGUUCUAAAAACUAUAAUUUAUAUUACCUACUCACUAUGGUUAUUACUUUCCACUUGAAACACCAAUCCCAAAAGUGAUGUAAUAAAAAAAAUUAUGGUAGCCACACUUAAAGGGCUUCUUUCAUAGAUAGUUGGCUAUAUCUAAUUAAGCAGUAAGUCAGUAGUGCAGGCAGGCUGCUACAUAAUAGACAUAUAAGUGGGUGGGAGGAGAAAAAUAUUAUGAAAUGGAAUUCUACAAAUCAAUGCUGUUCCUAGUUAUGGUAUCAACCCAUCUCAUUUUAUCCAAUGCUAGACAGUUCAGAGUCACUGACCAGGUUUAUUUUGAUAUUAAAAGUGAAGACAAACUUCUUGGGCGAGUGGUGAUUGGUCUGUUUGGGGACUUAGCUCCAAAUGCAGUAAAAAAUUUCAAAGUUUUGGCAACUACAGGUAUAAAGGGGAAGUCAUAUAAAGGUACUUCCUUUAAUAGGAUAAUCAAGAGAUUUAUGGUCCAAGGUGGUGAUGUGGUUGCUGAUGAUGGUACAGGCUCAACAAGCAUUUAUGGCGAUACUUUUAGUGAUGAGAACUUGGAGACACAGCACAGUGGUGCUGGGUUCGUUUCCAUGGCUAACAAAGGACCCAAUACAAACGGCUGUCAGUUUAUUAUAACAACAACUGGGACGCCCUGGUUGGAUAAUUUGCACACUGUUGUUGGGAAGGUGGUGGAAGGCCAGAACAUAGUGCAUAUGUUGGAGCAUACGCCGACUGACGUGGACGACCGGCCGACGUUGCAUGUUUACAUCGCUGACUGUGGAUUGAUACCUACGCCGCAACCUUACUACAUUUCUGAUGAUCCUUAUGAUCUGUGGGCGUGGAUAAAGGCUUCGGCAGUUCCGCUGACCAUGUCGUUCUCAAUCCUCGGCUUCUUUCAAUGGAUGAUGAUGAAAAUGGAAAUAUAGGUAACUUCAACCCAUCUUUUAUUUUGUUUAUAUCUCGUAUUUGACCCGAAGAAACUAAGAUACUUUUAA